GUAGAACAUAAUAAUAAAACAAUACGUGCUAUUGUUUCUCAACGAUACAGGUUAGGCGGUCAAAAGUGCAUCAUGUGUGAUACAAAAAAAGACGAGAGCAAGUUGAGUUCAACAGACUUCCCGAGUAUGAUUGAUAUAUUAAUAGCAUGUACAUUUUAAGCAGUAACAAAGUUUUUAUUUUGGCGCAGGGUGGGAUUUCCUGUUUGAACUACUGAAAAACGGGAAGAGCGCUUAGAUUUCACAAUAACGGGUCUUACUGCAAGCAGAGGAAGCCGGUAACUGCUUACACGGCCCCGUCUGCCUUUUGCUUUCAUUGGGAAGAGACGAUGAGAGCCACAGCCAUCUCAAACCUGUGCUGCUUGCAGGGAAGUGAUGGUGUGAGGACGCGGUGAGGGGAGACUCGUGCGCAAACAUGCGGGGUUUUCUCCCCUUGCUGUGCGUCCUGUGCGCCGCACGGGUCCGAGGCAUUUUCGACGGUACCUGUCCCAGAAAAGACCCUCCCCCCGGUGUGUUGGUCGUACCUUCGGGCAGUAGGUUGCUUUUGACCUGCAGCGGUCACGUGGAGGUGGACGGAGUGAAGGUCGGCGUUCACGGAAACAGUUCAAACAGCAGAAGGGGGAGUCCUUCAAGCGUCAACGUCACAGGCGGAGCCGCAGCUUUGACGACAGGCAGGAGACACGGCGCGAAGGAGCCGACCUGGGCAGCGGGGGGCCGAGGCCCCGGACCUACGGGUGCAGAACACGCGGCGUCCACCGCCGGCCCGAGCCCAGCGCUGAAGGGCAGGGGUGACCGCGAGGCCAAGGAGGGGGAUGGAGCCAGCGGCUAUGAGGAGGAAGAGGAGGGAGCGGAGGAAGGGAGCAGAGUCACGAGGGGGCUGAAGCAGUGGAAGUGGAACGGCAGGACGGUGGGAGGAGAAGACAGAGGCUGGGGGCCGAUGGACGGGACAGGGGCCUCGCUGUCUCUGUCCUCGGUGAGACCCACGGACUCCGGGAGGUACGCGUGUUAUCACAGAGGCAGAGAGAGGUUCUCCUUAAAGGUGAAUGUUGCAGAUCCUCCAGAGAGUGCCAGCCUGUCAUGCUUCAAAAGCUCCCCCAGAAGUAAGAUUCGCUGUGAGUGGGCCCCUAAGAGGCCUCUCGCUGUAUCGUCUACCUGUUACCUCUUUCUCAGCAAAAGCCCGACCAACGCGUUCCACCGCUUGCCGUGCUCGUACUCGGCGCGGCGCUCCCGCUGCUGGUGCGCCCUGGACCACAACGAGGACGAGCGGAGGACCGUCCACGUGGCCUACCUGUGUGUCACCAGCAUGGCGGGGAACGCCACCAGCGCCCCGCUGCGCUUCACUCCUCUGGACAUCCUGAAGCCCGGACCCCCUUCGGGUGUGACGGUGCGAACGGAGGAGGGCCAGGAGACCAGGAUGACCGUUGCCUGGAGACUGCCCAAGUCCUGGAGGCCUCAAGGCCCCUUCUACGAGCUGAUCUACGAGAUCAAAUACCGGCCUCUCGAGUCCACGUUGUCUCACGGGCAGAGACAGACGACGAAGGAGCGCUCCUGCACGAUCGUCGACGCGAUGCCUGGCGUCGAGUACUUGAUAGAAGUCCGAACCAAGGAGGAGUAUGACGGUCAGUGGAGUGACUGGAGUACACCGGUCUACGCCAGCAGCCGGCUGUUGACAACGGCUAAAGGGCCAGUCGAGUCGUCGGAGGAUGGUCUCUCCGUCCCAACGUUUCCAGUGUAUACAGACGUAGAGGGCAGCUCUGACACCACAGAUGAUGGGGUGUUUGUUGCUCCUGAGCCAGUCCAGUCAAGGGGUAGAGAGGUGCUUCAUGUCAUGUGGAUCUCUGGUUCAUUAUGCCUCUUGUCGGUCAUUUUGGUUGCUUACAUAAUGAGACACAAGGACAGAUUUAUGCCAAAGCUCCAGAGACAGAGACUCGUCACACAGUGUGCUGACGCUGCGCGGUCGCCGCCUCCUCCCACCCCAACACCUGCAGAAGGGCCGGCUCAGGUGACCUUUAACCCUCUAAUCCUGCAGAGCGACGUAAAAGAAGAAGUGGAGGAAGAAGAAAAUGAAGAACAGCCCCUGAAGGAGCCUGCAGAAGCGGUCCACUUGAACAACACAAGUUAUUUCUUUCUUCACAGCGACUGAGGAGCAGAAAAGGGAAUAUAACUUUCCUUUACUUUUUGAAGACGGCUAAAGGAUACUGGACACAAUUGUUAUUGUUCUCCGUUGAGCUUCUGUUGGAAACAAACUCAGGAACUGGCCGUGAUUUGUCUCUCUUUCUCUCUCUGCUGUAUCUUCAACAAAAUACCUCUCAAAUAUGUUUUGCUCAAGGAGCGGCCUUUGCUCUCUGUUGCCUGUGUGUUAAUAAACUGUAUGCUUUAUGCCUCAUUAUA